UUCUUAAAUUGUUUGAAAGUUAUGUUAUGAAAAAAAAAAAUUUGGGAAAACAAUAGAUUAUAAAGAAAUGAACGAUGACUGUCGAGAGUCUUUGUUUUAAAACAAAAAAAAACAGGUUUAAACAACAUAAAUAACAGGUACAUGAACAGUGAAUUACUCUUGUAUUCUUUAAAGUAGAAUUGUGCACUCAAAAAAAAUGUCAUACUUUUUGUUAAUCUGCUAUAAUUGAAACAAUAAAAAAACAAAAUGUCAACUUCAUCAAGAGAAAACAUUGAAUGAAAAAGUUUCUUGAUUUGUCUUAAGAAUCUUUUAAUAAAAAAAAAAUUUUACUUGUUUGGGUCAUGUACUAAAAUAGUUUCAACAGAAUACUCAUUACAGUAGAAUCAUCUACUUGCUUUCCUAUGCUUCAUUUAAUUUGAGUGUUACCAAGAUGUGUAUGCAUUAAAGCAUUAACGUUUUUAUUGCGAAAGAGGAGGUCGUUACAACGCGAAUGGAAACCUUUUUUUUUUUUCAAAAUUUUUAACUAGAAAUGUGAGGGACAGAAGAUCUGUGACCCAAUCGACAUUCUGCGAAUAUUUCUGAUGCGUAGUGAUUGAGGCUCUUCGUUACCCAUCUCAUCACAAAAAAAAAGACUGAUUUUUUAGGUCUUAUAAGUGCUGCACAUAUUCCUUGUAACAGAGUUCUUGUCAAGAGUAGGUGUUUCUAUUAUUGUUUUCGUCAUGUCCACUAAUGAAAAUAAAAAAAAUUCCAAAAUUGAAAACUCGGUUGAUGAUACAUCAAAAGUUUCAACAACUGAAACCAUUACGGAUUCAUCAAAAGAAGCACCACAAGUUGUGAAAGAAAAAGAUAUGAAAAGUAAAUUACCACAAAGUGCAAAACCAGAUACAACAGUGAAUGAGGAAACUAAGGAUUCAACAAAUGACAAAGCGGAUAAUAGUUAUUAUCCGGAAGAAGAGGUUUUAGAAGGAGAUUGGAUGCGACCUCAGGUUAAUAUUAAGGAAGUCCAAGUUCAAACUGGUGAAGAAGAUGAAACGUGUUUUUGGUCACAUCGAGCCAAAUUGUAUCGAUGGGCUAAAGCUUCCAGCGAGUGGAAAGAAAGGGGCAUAGGUGAAGCGAAACUAUUACAACAUAAAGGGACCAAUAAAAUUAGGUUUUUACUACGCCAGGAAAAAACGUUAAAAAUUGUUGCAAACCACUAUAUUGUUCCACAUAAAAGUUUUUGUUAUUUAACACCGAAUGUUGGUAGUGAUAAAAUUUGGGUUUGGUCAGUAGUGGAUUUUUCAGAAGAUGAAGGCAAACUUGAACAAUUUGCGUUAAAGUUUGGACAAGUUGCAGGUGCGACGGAAUUCAAAAAUAAAUUUGAAGAAGCAGCUAAGCUUAAUGAAACAUUAUUUGAAGCAUUUAUAGAAAAAAGUCAAGAACCUGUAGUGACUGAAUCAAAGUAAUCUAUUUUCAAAUUUUGACAUUCAAAUUAAAACACAUUUGACGGUGUCGUAUAAGAUUGCCAUUUAUGUGACUCUGGUGAAUCGGUACGAAAGCAUGCUUAGUAAUAAAAAAAAUGAGAAGCUUUUUUUUUUAAUUUAAACGUGAAGGUUUUUCUCACUAAUACGUUUUUAUUUCUUUUUAAAAUUACGUCACAAGUAGUUUUUUUUUUGUUUGAACUAAUUAGAAAAUAGUAAAAAAAAAUAUUCUUGUGAAACAAAUCUCUAUGUAAAGGGUUUUAUUA